AUGCUUGGGGUGGCCCACGGUCGGUUUCUUUACAGCUGUUCGACAGAAGGAAAGUUGAUCUUUCGUGACUUGUUGAACGACGAUUCUGAUACAAGCAACCGGAUUUUUUUGGUACAAAAACCGGUGUCUGCGGUAGAAGUGCGUGAUGCAGAACCAGGAGUGGUGCAGGUGGUCUGCGCCGGCAAAGGGAACCCGGUGAAAAAGUAUUGUGUGGAUCUCAAUCGCGGCCACCAAGAUCAUGGCGUGAGACGCAGUGAUAUUUGUUGCAACAUUAUUGGUCAUGGAGGUACUAACUGGUGGAAUGGAGGCGGCGAUACGUCCACUGGAUCAGAUUGGAGCUACGCCGUGCCUACAUGGAGUGUUGAAGGAGUAGAUGAUUGGAUUAUAUCGACGGUUUCAGUUGAAAAAACUGUUAUUUGUGGUACUCAAAACGGCACCGUCUUGUUGUUCAAAGACGGGGCUAGCGAGGUGGGUCACAGGGUAAACUUGUCGCAUUUUCCAAUUCGAGACCUUGCGGUGCAUGGGCUAUACGUUGUGUGUCAUGACAGUAUGUCCAAAGUGUUUUUGCUCGAUCAAAACUUGGCGAUACUUCGCGUGUACGAUGGGUUGAAGAUCGGACCCGUUUCCAGCUGCAAAUAUGUUUUUGAUGACCUGGCAUUUGAUAGGCGUCGCAAGGUUGCAACUCUGGUGGGCUCUGAUACUCUCCAGAUGUUUGUGGUAACCACCAAUUUGGAAAACCGCAUGGUGAUCUACAAGCUCGAAGCUACGGCCGAAAUGGUGCUUAACAUGGAACUACAUAGUGGAGCUCCAUGUUUUGAUAUUUUGGGCCAUGGGUCCAAUUUUGCAUUGUUGCAAGAAAUAUGUGGUGAAGCUGGAAUGGUGCCCAACAAAAGAAGACAACUAUGGCAGCCGCUUGGUAUGGAAGCAACCGAGGUCGCCAAGCCACGAAAGGCCAUUAAUCAUGAAUUAUGA